AUGGAGCAUCUGAACCACUCCAGAUCUAACGGCUCCGGCAUCUCUACGAUGCAUCAGGCCAGCACUGGGGUUCUGGGUGCUUGUUUCCUACUGGGUGUCCCCGCUAACAUUGCUGUCCUGGUCUUCCUCCGUCGCCACCUCAAGAAGGACAACUUCACCCUCCAUCUCAUGCUGAACCUCGCUGCUUCAGACAUCUUACGUUUGAUAACUUUACCGCUGUGGAUGUACAACUUGAACUUUGCCUGGACAUUAGGCCGGGCCCUGUGCAAACUCGCUUCACUGCUCAUCUUUACCAGCACCAACUGUAGCGUGCUGACUGUGACUCUGAUGAGCAUUCAGAGAUACGUGGUGGUUCUGCAUCGGAGCCAGUGGACCAAGCUGGGCAGCAAAGGAGAAAAGCUACUUCUUGUCUGCCUCUGGAGUCUUGCUCUGAUUCUCUCCAGCCCAGCCGCAGUAAAAGCAGACAUUACAGAAGGACAAAAUUCGGUCUGUCAGCGAGUCACUGACGAAGAGACACUGGGCAUUCUUCUCGGCGAGACACUGCUGGGCUUUGUCCUUCCCUUCUCCAUCAUGGCGAUGUUCUACUUCUGCCUCCACAAGAAGGUGAAGCAAAACCCCCUCUUCAGCAACCCUAGACUGGCCAGAUUGGUGAUUGCAAUCCUUGUUACUUUUUUCAUACUAUGGUUCCCUUUUCAUGUGAUGAACCUUACGUUCCCGAACCCCAGAAGAGUCAAAGGGAAACGUUAUGACAAGUUUAACAACAGGUCAUAG